AUGGGCAAAAUACCUCAGUUGAACAAUGUUUAUCUCAUCAGUGGGCUGGCGACCAUCGGCGGUCUAAUCCAGGGCUUCGAUGUUUCUAGCAUGUCCGCAAUUAUUGGCACUGAUAAUUACAAGGAAUACUUCAACAAGCCGAAUUCAGUUGCUCAGGGCGGUAUCACAGCUAGUAUGGCCGGUGGUUCCCUGCUUGGCUCGCUCUUUUCCUCGUGGACAAGUGAUCGAUAUGGUCGUCGGGAUUCGAUGUUCGUUGCAUGCAUUUUGUGGUUGAUUGGCUCGACUUUGAUGAGCGCAGUGCAAAACGUCGCCAUGUUGAUUGUAUCACGCAUUAUCAAUGGCUUUGCCGUUGGAAUACUUACUAGUCAAGGUCCGAUUCUGAUUGCCGAAAUCAGUCUUCCGCAACAGCGUGGUAGACUCCUCAGCUUGCAACAGUGGAUGAUUACUUGGGGCAUUCUUAUUAUGUAUUUUAUAUCAUACGGUGCAUCCUUUAUGAGCAGCAAUGCGUCGUUCCGUCUUCCUUGGGGUCUACAAAUGAUCCCAGGUAUUAUUCUCAUGGCCUGUCUGCCCAUGAUGCCGAGAUCUCCUCGCUGGCUGGCCACACAAGAUCGGUGGGAGGAGGCCGUGGAUGUUCUUGCACGACUACACGCUAAGGGCAAUACCCUUGAUCCGAUUGUCGUUGCGCAAGCUACCGAAAUUCGCGAAAAGCUUGAGCUCGAACGUAAAUACGAGAGCACCUCCUGGUCCGAACUAUUCAAUUCCCGAAACAUCGUUCGCGUGCAUUGUGGCAUCUUUACCCAUGUUUGGUCUCAGCUGAGCGGAACAAACGCCAUGAUGUACUAUAUUGUAUAUAUUUUCCAGAUGGCUGGUCUGACAGGCAACAACGCCCUUCUGUCCGCGACAAUCCAAUACAUCAUCAAUGUGGUCAUGACACUUCCUGCACUGCUCUUCAUGGAUCGUCUCCCGCGCCGCCGACUAUUCAUUGCAGGUGCUCUUGGCAUGGCCAUUCUUCAGUUUAUCCAGGGAGCCCUCAUGAAAUCAUACGGCGAGGCUGUCCCCGGAGGUCUUAAGGGCUCUCCAACGGUUACAUGGAGGGUGACCGAUGGAAGGGCGUCAAAGGCAACCAUCGCCUGUUCUUACUUGUUUAUUGCUGUCUAUGCGCCUAGUUGGGGGGCUUAUCCCCCUGAGAUUAUCCCUCUCUAUAUUCGCAGCAAAUCGGUCUCUCUUGCGACAUUCUUCAAUUGGGUCUGCAAUUUUGCCUUAACAUUCUUCUCCCCCCUGGCUUCCAACAUAUCCAAUACAAGGUAUGUUCACAUGUAUUUCCUCUUCGGAACAUUCUGUUCAGUUGCUGCGAUCCACGUCUUCCUUCUCUUCCCAGAGACAUGCGGCAAAUCACUGGAGGAGGUUGACGAAGCUUUCAAUAACCAAAGCAUCUGGGCUUUCAAAGCCAAGCCUGUACCAAGCCGGUUUGCAGCCGACAUUGAACAGGCGAAGGAGGAUUUAGAGGCGGGCAAAGUGGCAGAGAGUGUUUUUGAGCCGAAGAAGUAG